AUGAAGCAACACGUGCAUCGGAUGGAGUGGGGGGUGUCUUUGAAUUACAUGCAGGAAGAAGAAUUACAUAUGUUUAAAAAAAGAAAGCGUUUGUUGAUACCGUUCUCCUCCGUUGCGCGCUUGCUACUGCCACGCACGCGGCUCACUCAGAAAGAUGAUGGGCCAUUCCAGCCAUCUCCAUCCGGUCACACCUCACCUGUCACCACAAAGACUAAGACCAGUGUCACGGAAACUCUUUGUAGAGGGGUAUCGCCUUCUCCCAACCAAAGAAGGAGUGGGUACCCGCAGGUAUCCCUCGUGUGCCGACCAGCGCAGUGUGUAGAGAGAUGGUCUGCGCAGUGGGUCACACGUUUUGUGUGUGUGUGUGUGUGUGUGUCUGGAGAGAGAAGUGAGGUGAGGAGAAGAGCGAGAGUGUAG